GAAAAAACUAAGAAGUUCAAGUUUUAGAAUGUAUAACAAAAAGAAAAAAAUACGGCAAUAUGAUGUUAUUUACGACAAUACAACAAGAGAUUCAAUACCGAAAAGAGGAUACUAUUCCGAAUUAGUAUCAGAUAUGACAAAGGAUGAUUCAUCGAAAGAUAUAUGUGCAAAGAAAAGAAUGAAAUUAUUACUGCAGGCUAAAACAGAGCGAUUUGCACCUACGCUGAUUUCGCUGCCAAAGCCACAGAGAGCCAAAAUACUGUUGCCGCCUGGGCGUUGGACCACAUACAGAGAAGAUGAGAGCAUACAAUUCCCGUUCGAGACGUUUGUGCCGAAACUGCAGUUUCUGAGUGUAGUAUUACCAAAGGAGUUGCCAAGACUUGUGAAGAUUGAGAGAUUGCGAAGAAAGUUUCUAGCGGCUAAUAUAAAGAAAAUGCUCAGAGAGUUGGGUAUUCAACCCUAUUGGUUGUUACCUCCGUCGGAGUUCAAGUUCACGGACCAAGAGUUCUACGGCUUGUACAGUCCGUUCCCGAAAAUGGACCUGGAGAUUUUCGAUAACACAGAUUUUGAUUGCAGGAUUCCUGAGGAAUGGUUAUCUUUGGGUGUGAUUGAGGGAGAGCAGUACCCUUGCCCGGGGCUAGCUUUCCUUCCCAAAGACGAGAGCAAAACGGCCAAAACAACCGGAGACACUUUGCAGAUUCUGAACAAUCUGUAUGAGUGGACAAAUGUAGCUGCUUUUAGCUACGAUAAAGCAUCACAAACCUGGGAAGUAAUGACAUUGGAUGGAACCAAAAGGAAGUUUAACAUCCCUCGGAUACGCUUGAUGUUCAAGGCAGACGACCCUGAAACUUUUGCGCAAAGGAUCAAGUUCGCCGUAGACCUUCGCCGUCAAGUGGAGAAUGAUCUGAGAUUUUAUUUAUACCUGGAUUGUUUACGUCUGGAUGGUUUGCCUAUGAUGCCUCUGAAAUUCAUGGCAAACAUCAUCAAGAUGGUGUGCAUUCAUCGGCAGGCUAAAGAGAUCGAUGAGGCCCAUUUGAACGCACUUAAGAUGGAGGCGGAACUUUCUUAUAGUAAGAUGGAAGGUAAGAUGAAGAUGACACAUACAAUCUCGCGGUACCGAGAUCUGUACCACUUUAUUGAUGCACCUACCAAGGACUAUGUGCCACCUGUGCCUGAUUACGGUAUGUUUAACAACUUAACUUUAAAUCUAAAGAAAAGUUUACUAGAAAAAAACGUUUUAGUAACUUUCCACAGAGUAUUUUGA